AUGAAGAUUUCACUAAAGGAGCCUGAAGAGGAAAUAAUUAACCAAAAAAGGCCUGACGAAUAUUACUUUGCAAAUUACUCCGCAGAACAAAGAUUACAAUUUCUUAAGAGCUCUGUUGAUUCCGACACAAUAAUAGAAGAAAGUACAAAGAUUUUGGCAGAUGAUCUACGUGUCCGUGAUAAAUGGCCUUAUUGCCAGGGUAAAAUAAUAGAUCUGCAGAAGCAUAAUGCGGAAAUAGAAUUACAGCAGCAAAAGGAUUUGAAGAUUAAGAAAAGAAGACCUGGCCAAAAACAACGCGCAGCCAAGAAAUUGGCACUUGAAAGAACCAAGGAGCGUGAUGCUAAAGCUCGUGAGAUAAAAAAAAUGUUGAAGAAGAAGUUUCAUAAGCGUGGUGGAAAGAAAAACAAGAAAAAGGUUUUGAACCCACUGGCGAAUGCUGGGAGUACUCCUAAAUUUAGGACUGAAUGA